GGGACACCAAGCACAAACAUCACUCACCAGUUUCAUAGAGCUUCAUGGCCAUGGAAAUCGCAGAAGCUGUAAUGGAGGUCUUUUCUCCAUCUUCUGUAACAGACUGGCUUUUCACACUCAGUGUGGUCCUUCUUUCUGUCCUUUGUUUCUUUCUCGUUCAAAAAUGGGGAAACAGAGCUGUAUUAGAAAGAGCAACUACUCCUCCAAGCCCUCCAAAACUUCCCAUCAUAGGCAACUUGCACCAACUAAGCAAACUGCAUCACCGCUCCCUUUGGACACUCGCCCAGAAACAUGGGUCCAUCAUGUUUCUCCAACUAGGUAGCAUUCCCACCAUUGUAAUCUCUUCAGCUGAUAUGGCUGAACAAGUCUUGAGAACCCGAGACAACUGCUGCUGCAGCAGGCCUUCGUCUCCAGGGUCAAAGCUGCUUUCUUACAAUUUUCUGGACCUGGCCUUCGCCCCAUACUCAGAUCACUGGAAAGAGAUGAGGAAGCUUUUCAAUGCUAAUCUUCUGAGCCCGAAGAGGGCAGAGUCGCUUUGGCAUGCGAGGGAAGUAGAGGUUGGUCGCUUGAUCAGCUCUAUCUCCCAAGAUUCACCUGUCCCAGUUGAUGUGACACAGAAGGUAUUCCAUCUUGCGGAUGGCAUUCUUGGUGCUUUUGCUUUUGGAAAGAGUUAUGAAGGGAAGCAGUUUCGGAACCAGAAGUUUUAUGAUGUUCUUGUGGAGGCUAUGAGAGUAUUGGAGGCUUUCUCAGCUGAGGACUUCUUCCCAACAGGAGGGUGGAUCAUAGAUGCCAUGUCUGGACUCCGAGCCAAGCGCAAGAACUGUUUCCAAAACCUUGAUGGUUACUUCCAAAUGGUGAUUGAUGAUCAUCUUGAUCCUACCAGGCCAAAACCAGAACAAGAAGACCUGGUUGAUGUCUUCAUACGGCUCUUGGAAGAUCCGAAAGGUCCAUUUCAGUUCACCAAUGAUCACAUCAAGGCCAUGCUCAUGAAUACAUUUCUUGGUGGCACAGACACUACCGCAAUUACUUUGGACUGGACAAUGUCAGAGCUCAUGGCAAACCCCAGGGUGAUGAACAAGUUACAAGCUGAAGUCAGGAGCUGCAUUGGAAGCAAACCAAGAGUGGAAAGAGAUGAUCUUAACAAUCUCAAGUACUUAAAAAUGGUAAUCAAAGAAGCUCUGAGGAAACAUACACCAAUCCCACUCUUAAUCCCCCGUGAAACAAUGGACUACUUCAAGAUCCACGACAAAAGCAGCAGCAGAGAAUAUGACAUUUACCCCGGAACAAGGAUCCUAGUCAAUGCAUGGGGAAUCGGAAGAGACCCCAAAAUCUGGAAGGACCCAGAUGUGUUUUACCCAGAGAGGUUUGAGGACUGUGAGAUUGAGUUUUAUGGGAAGCACUUUGAGCUAUUGCCAUUUGGGGGUGGCAAAAGGAUUUGCCCUGGAGCUAACAUGGGAGUCAUCACCGCAGAGUUCACAUUAGCAAACCUGGUCUACUGUUUUGAUUGGGAACUUCCCUGUGGGAUGAAGAUAGAGGACCUUGGCCUUGAAGAAGAGCUGGGUGGCAUCACUGCUGGCAGGAAGAAACCUCUUUGCCUUGUUGCUAGGAGAUGUGGUUGCAGUUGCACUGAGCCUAUGUGACUGAAAGCUGUGGUAGGAGGGUAGUAGUCUCCAGCAUUCAUCACUCUUCCAUCAAUGAUGAUGAGUUGGGGAAGAAUAAUAUUAUCUUUCUUUAAUCACUGUAUUAGAUCCUCUAUCCAGAAGUUCCCCUUCUUAUGAUAAAGCUGCUCGCUUUGAGCUUUGGGAAA